AUGACCUCGACCCACAGGGCAGUGAAGAAAACGAUCGAGAGCGGGGUGACUGCGUUUGCGCCUCGCCCAGCGCCGACGUACCGCUUCGUGCUCACGAGCCAGGCCGAGAAGGUGAAGAUCCUCCUAGAGGACCGCAAGAGCAAGAAGCAGUGGAGCACCGGCUUCCUGGACGAGAAGGAAUACGUGACCACAACCAACAGUAUUCCUAAUGCCACCCUGGCGGACUACGUCAAGCUAUUCAAGGAUGCUCUGGAGUACCUGAUGGACCGAUCACCUGAAGAGGUCGAUGACGACUUCGAAGGAAACAGCGCCAGCGAGAAGUCCAUCGACUCGGACGGCGGUGACUCGGACGCUGACUCGGAGCAAGAAGCCACGGGGUUGGAUCCAGGCAAAAUCCGUCGCAGCCUGACCCCACUCGGGGAUGACGCUCUCCAAUUGGAGCUCACCGUGAAAAUCCGGGUCUUUCGCUCGGCUUGGAACGCCAAGUACGCUUUCCGCCUCGAGCCGCUCUCGCUCGACCGCGUUGGCAUAUUAGAAGCUAAGCUCCGCGAUGUCCAGGAGGAGCUCGAGCAGACCAAGCAGUCUCUUGCGGAGGAAAAGGCCAAGAAGGUGAUCCAUCUCAGCGCUGCGUCCAAAAACGUCCCCAAGCUGAAAGGCAGCAGCUUGGAGUGGAUCAUCGACAAUGAAUUCUUCACGCUAGCGAACGAAGAGAACAGUAUCUGCUUCCUCGUCGCCGGGUGGUACGUCAUCAGCUUGAAGGUUUUCUUGGCGCCCCAACUCGCCACUUCUUGCGUGCAACUGCAACGGAACGCGGAGCGGAUUGCCUCGGAUACCGUCCCGUGCGGCACACAGGCCACCACUGCUUCAAUCACGUACAGCAGCUACUUUGAGAUUGAGGACGAGUUGUCUGUUAUCGUCAUGGGGUCUCCGGCAAAUGUGGGAGCUGAACUAACAGCAGUAAAAUUUGACGACUGA